AUGGGCUGUUAAAUAUUUAGAUCUAAAAAAAAGAUUGAAGAAGAAAGGAAAUAAUAGGAGAGUCUAGUAGAAAAUCAAAUGUAUAUUAUUAUUAAUGAUGAAAACAAAUCAUAACAAUAAGUAUAAGUAAAAGGAAGAAAUUAAUAGAUUUAAAAUUCAAGAUUAACAAUAAAUAAUCCUUAGUCUUUAUCAAUUAUCUCUCAUUCUUCAAAAAAAUUGGGAUAUUCACUUUAAGAAAUAAAUAUAAAAAUUCUGCCAAAGCAAACAAAUAUAGAUAAGAACAUUUAAAAUUAUCGAGGAGUAGCAGAAAUGAAUAAUAAUAAAUAAGUUUUCUAAAAUUAAUAACAAAUAGAUGUCUUUAGAGUAAAUAAUAAUAUAAAUUAAUAAAAUUAAUAAUAAUAAAAUUUAUCAUAAGUGAUAUUAUUAAAUAAUACAAAUUAACAAUCAUAAUAAAAAAAAUAAAUUUAAGAAAUUCAAUAAAGUGUUCCCUAAUAAUAAAUAUAAUAAAAUAAUAAAAAUAUCAAUUCGAAUGUUCAACAGGAAAAUGAAAUCAUUACCCCCUUUAAUGAAGAAUCUAUAUUUAAGAGAUGUUUUAUGAUUGAUGUAAAUGAGUUAAAAAUUGGAAAAUUAUACGCUUAAAUGGUAAAAUAAGUUAACACUUUUACUCUUGAAAUAAUUUUAGAUUAAAUAAUUCCCAUAAUGAUAAAUAAUAAACAACUUCUUUAAUCUUAAACAGUGACUUGGUUAAUUUAAGUAUUAGUUAAUUUAUCAAAUUGUGAUAUUAAAUCUACUUAUGCUAUAUUUGAAGAUGGAGUAAUUUCAAAAGAAAUUCUAAUCAUAUUGAUUGAUGCUAUUAUUGAUAAAAUUGUAUGUGCUGUAGCUAAACCAUAAAAAUUAUAAUGGUAAGCAGACAGAGAAGAAAUUAAUAAAUAUAAUGGUCUUGAAAAUUAAAUUGCUACAUAAGUAUAUGAUAUGUUAUUUGGAUAAAUGAUUAAAACUAAUUAUGAAAUAAGUUUUGAGAAUUUAGAGCAUCCAGCAUUAAAUUAUUUAUUAACUUAUCUUGAUACAAAAUGUUAACCUGAAGAUGCUUUUAGAUUUUUAGAUUUAAUUACAAAAAGAGAACUCUUAAGAUGUUAAAAAGUAGAUUUAUUAGAUUGUGUUUAUUAAUUAAAAGCUUCAUUAUUAUUAGAUAAAUUAUCAUUAUAUCCAAAAUUAACAGAUCUUUUAUUUUAAAAUAGUUGGGCUUAUGGAAAAUUUUAAAUAUAUAAAUUUGGUAGAGAUAUAUAAUAAUAUUCAAUAUUUGGUUCAAUUAUAAGUUUGAGUACAUUCCCAGGAGAUUUUCCUCAUGUGAAACUGGUUUUUGGUAAUCAAGAAAAAAGUUUACUUAUUCUUCAAGAAACUUAUAGAGGACCAAUAUAUGAAAUUAUAAAUAAAAUGGCUGAUAUCUUUCUAAGAAUUAUUAGAAGGGGUAAAGAAGCUUAAUUAUAACUGUUUACUUAUAUAAUUAAAUUAAUUGAAAUUAAUCUUAAUCUUGAGAAACUGAAUUAAACAUAAAAUAUUAAUAAAUGUUGCUUUUAAGGUAUGAUGUUUAAUUUAUAAUAAAUUUUAUUGGAAAUAUUCAAUCCCUUUAUUUACAAUACUGAAUAAGCAAAUGCUAGAUUAAGCAAAAUUAAUCUAGAUCUAUUAGCUUCUGUUAAGACUCAUCCACUUUUUUCUAAAAUCUAUUCAAAUGCUGGUUUAAUGGCACCCUUAAAAACAGUAUUUAUACCAUAAGAUAAAAGUCCUGUUCUUGAUCCCAUGACAGUUCUAUACUUAUUAAUUUAAAGAAUUGGAGGACUCUCAUAACGUAUUAUAAAUAAUUAUGCUCACUCAUAUGUUCAUUAUUAGAUAGAUAAAUAAUUUUUUGGUCCUUAUUCAAGAAUAACUUAGUUGAGUGAAAUCGAAAAAGCUACAUUUGAUACACUAUUCCUUCAUCCUAAAAGUAUUUAAAAUACAAUUCAAUUUUUAUCUUUUCAAAGUAAAUUGGCUUUAAGUUUACUUGAUGAGAAUUAUAAACCUAAAUAUCCUUAUGGAUUAUUAUAUAAUCAAUUUAUGCAAGAUGUUCCAAAUUAUUGUUUUAUCUAUAAUUCUAAUGGAGUUGCAUUAGAUUACUUAGAUGAAGUUAUUUCUAUUGUUGAAUUUACUAUUAUUACUAUGAAAUAUUAAGAUUUAAUUGAAGAUAUACAUUUAAGAUGCAAAGGAAUAGAAUUAUUUUAUAUUUUUAAUGAAUACAUGAUUUUAUACGAUAGCAAAAAUGCAUUGAUGUCUUUUAAAAUUUUUUCAGAAAAUAAAAUCAUUCAAAAUUUUCUUAUAUAAGGACUUAUUUAAUCAUAUAUAGAUCGUGAUAGAAUUAAAAUGAGUAGUAUCUUGCCUGCAAUUAGAUUUAAGAAGGCCAUCUGUCAAUUAUUUAAAUAUGCCUUAACCAAUCACCGCAAUAUAUAUGAGAACAAAUUUUUAGAGUUUGUAAAUAUGAAUUCAACCACAUAUUAAAAUUUUGCUUUUGUCUAUAUAAAUGACAUAAAGGAAAUGGUUGAUCAAUGUGUUCAAGCUACUAAAAAAAUUAAAUUAGAGGAAGAGACCUUAGCUAAUUAAUAUUCCUUAUUAAAUACUUAGGAAAAGGCUUUAAAAGAGAUUUUAAGGUUGAUUGAAAUACAUAGAUGUAUAGUUGAUUGGGAAGGUGCAAUAGAGUUAUUUAACAAUAUUAUAUUAUUUACUAAAAUUGAACCAAAAGCAUUUCUUAUAGAAGAGACAAGACAAUAAUUUGCUUAAAACCUUAAUAAUGUUUUGUAGUAACUUAAUGGUGAAGGAAAUAGUUUUUUGAAGGCUAAAUUUCUAGUUUAAUUAUAAAUGAAUCCAUAAGAUAUAUCUAAAAAUAUAAUUGAAAUUUAUGUAAAUCUAUAAGAUUAACCUUUAUUUUGGGAUGAAAUCAUUAUGAACAAUUAGUAAUAUAUUUAAUAUAUCUAUUUCUAGAUAAUUAUAAAUUUAAUCCCUAUAUCAAUUGGUAAAUAAUAUGAGUAAUUAAUACACUAUUUCAAAUGAUUUACUCUAUAAAUUCAGUUAAAUUAUAAAUAACUUAUAAUAACUAAGAAAUGAAUUUAAUUAAAUAAUGAAUGAUCUAUCAAAGGAUCCUAAUCUUGAAGAUAGAUACCUUGAUUCACUUACUCGUAAUUUAAUGACUGAUCCAGUAAUGUUACCAAAUUCUAAAGUAUUAUAAUUUAAUUGAUUAAAUUUAGUAAAUUGUUGAUAGAGUAACAAUUAAACGAUAUCUAAUAAAAAAAUAAGAAGAUCCUUUUGAUAGAUCAUUUUUGGUAGCAGAAAUGCUAAUAGAAUAGAAAGAAUUAAAAUUAGAAAUUAAAUAAUAUAUGGAUUAAAAAAAAAAUCAAUUAAGAUAAUUAAGAGGGAAUACUUAGAAUUUUUAUGCAUGA